UGAAGGAUCUUGGUUGUUCAUCCAGCUUGUCACCAGUGCUCUGAAAGGCUCUAGCUUUUGAGGUCCAGAAACAUUACUGCUUGACAGCACAAAUGGAACUAGAAAUACAUCAGAGCUCCACAAACGACAAAGUGGCCCACCCUCAGGAGCCUCACCAUUCCUCUGAAAAGCCAGUCAUCCACUGCCAUAAAUGUGGGGAGCCGUGUAAAGGUGAAGUGCUCCGUGUUCAGGCCAGACACUUUCACAUCAAAUGCUUCACCUGCAAAGUAUGUGGCUGUGACUUGGCACAAGGAGGGUUUUUCAUUAAGAAUGGGGAGUACCUUUGCACCUUGGAUUACCAACGCAUGUAUGGCACCCGCUGCAACGGCUGUGGGGAGUUCGUGGAAGGUGAAGUAGUGACAGCUCUGGGAAAAACCUACCAUCCAAGCUGCUUUGCCUGCACUGUUUGCAAGCGUCCAUUUCCACCAGGAGAUAGAGUUACCUUUAAUGGAAGAGACUGUCUCUGUCAGAUGUGUGCUCAGCCAAUGUCCUCCAGUCCAAAGGAACUGUCUGCUUCAGGCAAUUGUGCUGGAUGUGGAAGAGACAUUAAAAAUGGACAAGCCUUGCUAGCUCUGGAUAAGCAGUGGCACCUGGGAUGCUUUAAGUGCAAGGCCUGUGGGAAGGUCUUAACUGGGGAAUACAUCAGCAAAGAUGGAAUUCCUUACUGUGAAAAGGACUAUCAAGUUCUUUUUGGAGUCAAGUGUGAAGCAUGUCACCAGUUCAUUACUGGGAAAGUUCUAGAGGCAGGUGACAAGCAUUAUCAUCCAAGCUGUGCACGAUGCAGCAGGUGCAACCAAAUGUUCACAGAAGGAGAAGAAAUGUAUCUGCAAGGUUCCACUGUCUGGCACCCCGACUGUAAGCAAUCUACUAAGACAGAAGAUAAGCUACGGCAUUCCUCAUCUGAGUUCUUUUAUCCAAAGAGUCUGGUUCUGCGCAGACCACGCUCUGCAGAGCCUACAAGAACUUCAUCAGAAAGCAUUUAUUCCAGACCAGGUUCCAGUAUACCUGGCUCUCCAGGCCAUACUAUCUAUGCAAAAGUAGACAAUGAAAUCCUUGAUUACAAGGAUUUAGCAGCCAUUCCCAAAGUCAAGGCCAUUUAUGACAUUGAACGUCCAGACCUAAUUACUUAUGAGCCAUUCUACACUUCUGCCUACGAGGACAGACAGGAGAGACAGAGUCUUGGAGAGUCUCCGAGGACAUUAUCACCCACCCCUUCUGCAGAAGGUUAUCAAGAUGUUCGAGACCGCAUGAUUCACAGGUCUACUAGUCAGGGCUCCAUUAAUUCUCCUGUGUACAGUCGUCAUAGCUACACACCCACCAUGUCACGAUCCCCUCAGCACUUCCACAGACCUGGCAAUGAGCCGUCCAGCGGUCGGAACUCCCCUGUCCCCUAUCGGCCCGACAGCCGCCCUCUCACUCCAACUUACGCUCAGGCCCCUAAACAUUUCCAUGUUCCAGAUCAAGGUGUCAACAUUUACAGAAAACCACCCAUCUACAAGCAACAUGAUGCAGCUGCUUUGGCAGCACAGAGCAAGUCCUCCGAGGAUAUCAUCAAGUCCUCCAAGUUCCCAGCUGCUCAUGCACCAGCACCCAACGAGAUACCAAAGAUUGAGACAGACCAUUGGCCAGGUCCUCCCUCUCUUGCUGCCAUAGGAGCUGACAUGAGACGCAGAUCAAGUGGAAGAGAAGAAGAUGAUGAGGAGCUACAGAGACGCCGACAGCUGCAGGAGGAGCAGCUCAUGAAGCUCAACUCUGGUCUGGGACAAUUGAUAUUGAAAGAAGAGAUGGAAAAGGAGAGCCGUGAUAGGUCAGCCCUUUCUGCCAGUCGUUAUGAUUCUUCAGCACAUGCUUCAGCCUCCAAAACUUCUUCUCUCCCUGGCUAUGGAAAAAAUGGGCUUCACAGGCCGGUGUCUACAGACUUUGGUCAGUACAACAGUUAUGGGGAUGUGAGUGGUGGUGUUAGAGAUUUCCAGUCCCUUCCGGAUGGUCAUGUCCCUGGAAUGAGAAUGGACAGAGGAGUAUCUAUGCCUAACAUGUUGGAGCCAAAGAUUUUUCCAUAUGAAAUGCUCAUGGUGACCAACAGAGGGCGAAAUAAAAUACUAAAAGAUGUAGACAGAACCAGGCUGGAGCGUCACUUAGCACCUGAAGUUUUCCAAGAGCUCUUUGGCAUGACGAUACAGGAGUUCGACAAGUUACCUCUCUGGAGACGCAACGACAUGAAGAAAAAAGCAAAGCUCUUUUAAUCUCCCUUUAAACAACCCAACAACAAGGAAAAUGAUGAGUAGGAUAUCGCAUCAUGCAAUCCAAACUAUUUGGAAUCGACUACUUAGCCACCAGAAAACCAAAAGGGAAAAUCACAUAGCGACACCUCUGUAUGCAGCAAUUGAACAAGCUGAAUGUUUGUCCUCCUGGAACGCAGGGAGAAAAUACCUGGGCUCAGAAACAAGGAUAGUCUGUAGAGGUGUCAACCCUGUUACAUGAUAUUACACAAGAUAGGAAACUGUUUUGUUCUUCUCCCUCAAUAUUCCAUUUACUGCUCUCCAAAAUAUGAUGGACUUCAUUGCUAGUGCCAGAAAGUGCCCUUAGGAUGCCUUGUAGACUAAAGUAGAUGUAAUCACUCCAAGAACUGGAAAAGAAUAUAUAUAUAUAUAUAUAUAUAAAUAUAUAUAUACAUGUAUGUGUGUUUGCUUGUAGGCACACGUGUAUUUAUAUCUACCCAUCUAUCUAUAUGUCUGUGUGUAUAUAUGUGUAUAUAUCUGGAGAGGAAGAUGAGAUGCUCUGUAGUGAAGGAAAAAGCCCUUGGUAGCUUCUCCUCCUGAUCACAUUAAGUCUUUCAUGCAACAGAUUCUUAAUUGGCACUGUUUUGAAAUGGCAAUCUCCUUUCUGUGAUGCACCAAGGUGUGUCUGCCUCUGGUGGGCAAAGGUGGACUCUCUGCUCACCUACUGGACAUACCAGUUCAAUUUCUGGAAAAUGGACUCCUUGUACUUGUAUAUAUUUGCUAGGAUUUAGGAAGUGAAUUGCUGUCUGUGUUGUUGUUGGUCUUCCCUCUUUCAGACUUUCUGCUUGAAUUAAUAAGGCUGGAGCUUAACCAGCCCUUUGAAUAAUUUAAGAUCACUUAAGUAAUGGGAAUGAUGGAGAAGAGGCAGUUUUCUUGUGACUCAGUCCAGGAGAUGGGUGGAUGGGGGUGGGAGUGAGAGUGAAAAAAUGCUUUUUGUUAAGUGUGCCCUGGUUCAUAUCCAGAGAUUUUGGGACAGACUCCCUGCUAGUUAUUGCUAGUACAGCUCAUCAGACUGCAGUGGAGUUGUAGGAUUUUACAUCAGCAGGGAAGAUGGUUCUCUGCAAGCUGACACACAAAUUCAUCCCUCUUAGGGAGGAAUGUUUAAGAGUUAAAAGGUACCAUCGAGGUGCCACACUCUGCCAAUAGAGGCUUUUUGAUUAAAUUGCAGUUGCUGUUGUCAGUAUGGCACAGUGCAUGGGGCCAAGCACUCUUUUUAGUUGUAGUUUUUCACUUGUGCUUGGAAAAGAGGGCACAGACUCUUUUGGUUUGGUUUGGUUUACUUUUUUUCCCCCUCUCUUGAAGCAUCAAAGCUCCAGCCUUGGUUGUUUUUAUUUCCCUUUGUGCCUGACUUGGUUUUUGAAGACAAAGUAAUCAUGCAAGACAGUUUCUGAGCUGUGUCAGAACUCCUUAUUGCUUUCAGUCUUCUUCCAAUAUGCUGCAGCUUAAAAAACUGCCUGUAUAUACCUUAACUGCUUCUGGGCAAGUCCUGUACAGAGGAGGAUGUGAGCACCAAAGCAACUGAACGAAUGCAUUGUGGCUGCCAGGCCAGCUUUUUCUCUUCCUUGGUGCUUAACUGCCAAUGCAUACUGCACUAACCAGCCCAUCUCCUGGUAUAGGAGAGGGUCCUUUAGGUUCUGUGUCUGUCAAAGAAAUAUCAAGGUUUCAUUUUUAAUGCAGAAACUUUUGGCACUGGAGACAUCAGAACCUUUGUAACUUUUGUUAUAUAAGACAUUGGUGUUAAAAUCUGGAAGUCAGGGAGGCGAAACAGUCCUGUGUAGUUGUGAGAUUCAGUACCACCGUGUUGAGUUCUCAAUAUCACCAAAUGGCAUUUCACCACAGCGUGUGCAGGACAGCCCAAAUCCUGCCUCUUCUUUGCUGGUUUAGAAGGUCCUGCUGCAAAAGACACUGUUGCUCUUUUGAUAAAGUCUGAGUUGAAGAUUCAGUAUAGGAGAGACAGAUGUGAGGGGUCAGCACCUGCUCCAUGUCCCAAGAGCCAAGGGAAUGGUGAGUCUAUGGGACUCGCUGAACAGUAUGCAACCAUGCAGAUCUGGCAUCAUGGUCUGCACUGAACAGAAGCCUUCAGUACAAUUGUGAGUAAGCUCCCUGGACACUGCUGAGAUUGCAGCAAGGAUCAAGUCAACAGAUGGUACUUUAUUUCUCAGAACAAGCAUCUGAAAGGAUUUCAGAGAAACACUGCAAAGUAAAUGGGAGCGUUAGGGAUGCUGGCAGUUUGAGAUGCACUUUUGAAUGACAGCUGAAGCCAAAUCCAUAUGAUGAAAGAACAGCAGCGCUGUACCAUCAGAGGCUUUGUGAAUGCUGCAAUCUCAGAAAUGCAGUGUUUGACUCCUGCAAACUAUGGCUUGACUUAGAGAUGAAUGCUUAAGUUUUAAUGCAUUUCAAGUAUUAAAAUUCUCCAAAUUCUGUCAGCCCCCAUUCUGUAAACAAAACUGUACUGCUGCCUCUCAAAUGCAGUAGGCAAUAUGGGUCUUUUAGCCCAAGUCACCUUGGCAGUAAACCUUUUUGAUCUGAAGACUUGUUUUCUCAAGGAUGUGAACUGCCAGUCUGCAUUUUUCUGUCCCCAUCUCCAGAUUACUGUUGAACUUCUCGUAUCAUACAUGAAUACAUUACCCAGUCAUUUCAGAAACAACUAAGCCAGGUUGUUUUCUCUCCCCUCCCUCCUCUAAAACAACAACAACAAAAGUUAAGAAAAGAUGGAACUCAGUCCCUCCUAGCCUGUGAAGGGUGACAGAAUAAAUUUAUCUCAAGUGAGAAUUUAAAACUGUGAUUGCAGCUUGAGAAGCAAUGAAGAGAUGCCAGCUUAGAUGCUGCAGAAACAAUCCUUGGAUGGAUUUUUAGGCCACUUCUGGUUUGCAUCUCUUGCUGUAGGCCAUAGUCAGUCAAUUCACAGCCUUCUGCACUAGACAAUGCUGCUUUAUUUCUGAUUGAGAACAUGAAGGGGUUUCUGAGCUUCAAUUUCACUCCCAUGGUUAAUUCCCAUUAACUGUGUGAUGUAGACAUGGGCCAAGUAAAUGCACCUAAGGAGAUUGGCUGUCCAUAAACGCCAGGAUGCAGCCAGCCACAGGGUGUGGGUGUGUUUUCUGCAGUGGGCUAUUAGCAAUUGUCACUACAACAUCUUCUGUUCUUUCAUCUAGUCCUGCCACCUAGUAGAAACGUAGCCCCAGGGAGAGUUACCUUUGUAAGCAACGAAUCAUUUCCCUAGAAUCAAUAGAGCAGCAUCUUCUUGGGCAGUUCUUUGUAAUUCCACUCUUCAAUAUUCCCUUAAAACAUAAUCAGGGAUUGGACCAGGUAAUCCUUAAAGGUCCUUCCUAACCCAAAUCAUUCCAUGUUUCUAUGAAUAUGCUUUAACUGCAUGCUUUUAUUCUCCUGCAAAGCAUUUGAGCUUCUGAUAAAGUCCCAUCAGACUCAGUGCUAUCAAGAGAAGAUCAUUGUCAAGAGCACUGACUGUGGAUUGGUUUCCCACUUUUCUCUGUUUCAGGAGUGAUGCAAGAGCAAAGACCUAUCAAAACAUUGCAAAGUAACUACAAGUUUGCAAAAUAGGAUGAUGAGCAUGUGCAGGUUCUCAAACACAGAUGCACUUACAGCAUGCACACUUCCUAUUUGGAGGUGAAAUACUACGUGAGUACUUAAACUGGAACUUCCAAACAGCACAUAGAGUUGGAGAGUUAGAUAGUGGCCAUUAAGUUAUGAUGGUUGUUGCUAGUGUAUGUGCUGGUAUCUGGGGGGACUGUGGAUACCUGUGAUGGAUUGACUGCACAAAAGGCAAGGACAGGUUCCCACACCAUAGAAGUGCCAGGCUGGCCACAAGUGGCAGAAUUUAAAAGGCCUCCUCAAGUGUAUGUGAACAUUUGUAGCAAGCAUCUCUGGCAGUGUUUAGAUGGAAGGGUAAUAGCCCUGUGUGGUGAUCUCCAUAUUAAUGAAGACUCCAGAGAUCUGAUUUACUGGGUGUUUGUGUCCUCUCUAGAUACUGGUCUGAUCAUUUCCACAUGAACAGGUAGGGAACUGUUCUGCAUUAGAGCAAGUACAGCUGGCCAUAGCCUCUACACCUGUGCCUUAACUUAGGGUAAGGUCCAGCCAACUGUGAGGCAGAGGCUGAAGUAAAUAUGUUGCUCAUCAUCUCUAAAGACAGUAGAAUUAAGCCAACUUGCAGAGCAGAUCUGGAAAUUACUAAACUGUCCACUAUUUCUCAUUGAAGCAAUGUGAUCCAUUGUGGUCUCAGUUCUGGAAGCUAAAUGUAGCAUCUCACCUGUGCCAGUGGCCUACCCUUGACCUGCUAAACUUUCUGUACCACGGAAAGAGUAAGUUCUCGUGAAGAGCAAGUUCUUUGGGUUGGUUUUUUUUCCCAAGUCUUUGUUAUCAUUGAAUCAACCAGGUUGGAAGAGACCUCCAAAAUCAUCCAGUCCAACCUAUCAGCCAGCCCUGUCCAAUCAGCUAGACCAUGGCACUAAGUGCCUCAUCCAGGCAUUUUUUAAACACCUCCAGGGAUGGCAAUUCCACCACCUCCCUGGGCAUCUCAUGCUGACAAUCAUUUAAGGCAGGUUUUUACAGGCAUCUCCUAGUUUUCAGUUUGGUCAGUAGCCUUUCAUGAACUAAUGACUUGUGAUGCCUCAUGGACAAAGCUGCAGUGUGCUGUGAAAGGUUAGACUUGGAGAACAGGACGUUUCUUAAUAGCUGUAUGUGGGGCAAGAUAGCUCUGUGGUUCCAAGAGUGGUUUUACUUCUGUCAAGAUAGAUAUCAUUUCUCUUGAGAAAGUCCUGCAGUGCCAAGUCAGUGGGCCUAGCACUGAAGGACUUGCUGCCUUUUCCCUGCUGCACUUUGGACUUUCCAAGCCAUGCAGUUCAGAUGUCCUGCUGUUCAGAGGAGGACAUUGGGAGACUCCUGUUAAAGACUGUUAUGCUGAAAUUAGACACAUUGUGAACUGAAAUCCCUUUCCACAAGCCAUGCUUCUUUCUCCUGGUCAGGUAGUAUCAAUAUGGAGAUGGGUUGAGUUCUGGGAAAGAGGAGGGCUAGCAUAAGCUUGGUUUCUCCAGGGUUUGCCUGGGUAGUGCUUAGCAGCCUUAGAAGAAAGUGCAGACAUAAAUCUGUGGCACCUAUUUUAAACUUGGGGGAAGCCAAUUCUGGAGCCCAUAGCUUAUGAGCAUCUACACAGAAAUUAAUGGUAUGAAGCUUGUUACAACAAGUGACAGAAAAGACAACCCCCUAAGCAGUAAAAAAACCCAAAUCACCCCACACACAAAGGAAAACAAAAAAUAUUCUCUAAACUUACAUUGGAAUGACUUAUCUUGGCUCAUCCUGACUUAGGUGGAGAUCUUGGCAUAUUUGGGCCAUAACCUCAUCAAACAGAAUAAACAGAAACCAGCCUUUCCCCCACUCUGUGAUUCACUGCUUUUCUCCAGAAUGUAUUUGAGGAGGAGGAUGUCUACAUCCUGGAAGUUACCUAUGACAGUGAAAAAUACCAGUCAGUGAUGAUGAUGCACAUGCAGGAAACAAGAAUAUCAUCUCUUCUUUCCAUGUUGGAGAGAUGCUUAGGGUUUGACUUCACUGUUCCCUUCCCCAUUUAAUUAGCCCCAGGUCAUGGUCCAGCUCAUUCCCUGUCAAACGUUUUGGCCCUGUAAACAUACAUGCUAGAGUCCAGCAUAGUCUUCAGCAUAGAUACAUAGCAAAGGCUUGACAAGAUGUGGUAUGUUCUACCCCAUUGCUACAUCAGACCUAGAGAAAGGUACUGAGCACUGUGAGAGCAGUAAUGCAGAGACACCGACAUUGAUGUGGGUUGCAGAUCUGCUGUAGCUGGUGAGUUUUGCCUUGGGAUUUCUCCCACACCUCACUUAGUGCACAAAAAUGCAGAGUUGUCAGUCAGACAGCUUUGCUGCCAGGAGCUAUGUGAUGCUCACAUUUGACAGGGUGAGAAUGGGUAUUAUUAAUUUUAAUGUAAGCAUCAGUGCAGGAAGUGGGACUGGAAUCGGUCAUUAAUGUUGUUUGCCUGUAUGCAAAAUGGAUUAUUUGUUGCCCAAAGGGCUUCUAAGAGGGAAGUAGAUUCCUGCUAAUGAUUUCCUGAAAAUUGCUUGUCUGUGUGAAGAGGUAACACUUCCACAUGCAUUGCUGUCUUUCUUUGGAGGUAAAAGCCAUCAGUGAAGACAAGCAGUAACUUGUUUUGUCAGGACCACCACAGUUAAUACAGGUGUUGCUCCCAGGACAUAGAAAGCUGAGGCCCACAAGACCUUGCUCCUAGGCAUUAGGAAAUGAAGCAUUUCAAGCAGCAGAAGCAACUAUGGGAAUUUCAGUGGUGCCUUACCAGGCUGAGUCUCUAGCUCCCUUAGGCUUUUUGACAGGUCUCACUGGACACUUGCCUGGGCUUUUGUCACUGAGCAUCCUUCAGAAAGCACUUCCCUCCAGAUGUAGAACCACUGAAAUCAGAGGAGGCUCUCACUGACAUCUGCACAGGUUGGAGCAGGCUCUUCCUGAAAGGUCUCUGGCUGCUGUGUGUGCCCACAGCGAUGACAUUUGUGUGUCAUUAUCAGAUCAGUCCUGUCCAAGCAGUGCAGCUUGGUCACUGCUGCCAACUCUUCCUGUAAGAGGGCCUUACAGAUGGGGGCUGCUUUUUCUUUUGCCUUUUUGUUUUUUUCUUUCUUUUUAAGCUUUGGAAACUGAAACUACUUUUUCAAAGAUAUCUUUUCCUUUAAAUCAGUAGGUUUUGGCAGUAGGCUUUUUUAUUACUUUAUUUUUCUUUUCUCCUCCCUUCACAUGUUACAAACCAGCAUUCUGGGGAGGUGUUCCUGUGUUUUCUGUUCAUCUGUGAGACAGCUCUCUUUCUGAGUCUCUGUAAAAGUGGAUCAAUGUCUUGUCUGUGCAGUAAGUUUGCUUGUACAUAUAAUGAGAAGUUGAGCUGGGUUGCUGUUCUGUACAAUUAGUGUUUCCACUGUCAUACCGCAAACAGCACAUACUGCACUCCUGUGCCACUGUAACCUGCAUCACUGUUGUACUCAAGUCAAUGAAUAAAGUUUGGAGCUUUAUUCUUAA